AUGAGUACAACACAGCAGAGCGAGAGCAUGAAUGCCUUUUUCGACAGUUAUGUUCAUGCUAAGACAAAUUUGAAAGAGUUUGUCGACCAGUUUGAUAAUGCGUUGAAAAAGAAAAUUGAGAAUGAAACUGCAACAGACUUCCACUCAUUUAGUGUCACUAUUCCAUGUAUAUCAAGAUCUCCAAUUGAAAAAAAAUUUCAAGAUUUGUACACCAAUGCUAAAUUUAGGGAAGUUCAACAGCAAAUUACCGGCAUUAUUGAUAUGGGUCCGAAAUUACUUAAGAGUGACGGUGUUGUAAAGACGUAUCGCAUAGAGGAUGAAAUUUGUGUUGAAGAGUUUACUAAGAGGGUUACAUACUAUGUGGACUUUAGUGAGGACGAUACAGUUGCAAUGUGUUCAUCGGGUUCAGACAAGCUUACUGUGGAUGCAACAGGGAAGUUAUUUGCAAUGAUUGACUUAUAUGGUGAGAAUCAAAAAUCCCCAUCGAUUACGGUCACCGGUUCCAAUGUUGGUUCUAUUGCAAAGAACACAACUACAGGUGGUAGCUCAUAA